GUUUAGUAGAGUGAAAGGUAAAAGCGUGUUGUGUAAGGGUACUGCUCGAUACCUCAGCACAUAAACGUUGCGUGUAUCGGCGGAUUUGACAACUCGAAUUUACUGUUUCGUUGGAUUUCAGUAAGUCUGUGAACUAUGACCGAUUCGUUCAGGGCCGAGUUCUUUCCACGGAGUCCAGUGCUUUCACCCACGGCUUUGAAACCAGUAUGGGGAGACUGUCUUGUAUGCGGAGACCGUGGAACAGGGAAACACUACGGCAUUGUAGCUUGUGAAGGAUGUAAGGGCUUUUUCAAGAGAAGCGUGAGGAAGAAUUUAAAUUACAGUUGUCAAGGGAAUGGCGCUUGUCCAGUAGAUAAAAUCCAUAGAAAUAGGUGUCAGAGAUGUCGCCUGAACAAGUGCCUCGACAUGGGUAUGAAGAAAGAAGCUGUGCAGUGUGAAAGAAAACCACUAAUAAAGUGUGCAGAGGAUUGCUCUGGUGAAAAUCACACAAGAUGUGCAAGUCUGUCUCCUACAAAUCAAUCAAUUCAUUCAGUUUACCUGGAAAAAACAGAAUCACCAUGUCAUACACCAAGCAGCCCACUUGCUUCAUCACCAAUAAAUGGCACACUUCAAACAUCUCUUUCUCAGUUCCUCUCAUCAAAUCAGUAUGACUGCAUUCUAAAUCCCGAACAUCUUCAAUUUAAAUUGAAUCCUCCAACAUUGGGUGUUUCUACAUUAUCCAUGGAGUAUGUUUAUGAAAUAGCCACUCGUCUCCUAUUCCUGACGGUCGAUUGGGCGCGUAGCAUACAAGUUUUUCGCAAUCUUGAUAAUAAUGAUCAACUUGUGUUACUACAAAGCACUUGGUCAGAUCUUUUUAUGCUGGGUGUCGCACAGUGUUCAAGUUCUUUCCCCUUGUCACCAUUAUUAACACUUGCGGCUUCACACAUGGAACAAAAUGAAGGAGGUGGAGAUAGAAAGUCUCCUGUGCAAACCAAAGAACCAAACAUGGUCGAGAAGAUAAUGAGUGUAAAGGACCUCUUGUUUAGUCUUGAAAAACUUGAGUUGGAUUCUGUGGAGUAUGCAUUCCUGAAGACAAUAGUACUCUUCAAUGCAGACUGUUCAAGUUUAAAGAAUCCCAAACAAGUUGAAAGACUUCAAGAAAAGGCUCACUGCGCCCUUAAACUUUAUGUUGAAAAACAGCGCCCAAGCAAUCCCGAACGGUUUGCAAAGAUACUACUACGGCUGCCAGCUACGCGGGUUCUUACGCAGCGAGCUGCAGAGGAACUGUUCUUCUCGCCGUUGAUUGGAACGGUCAGAAUCGAGAGUAUAAUGAACAAUAUUAUCUCAAACUCUUUAGCAUUUUAACGUGAGAUUCGUUCGCUAUCGUAGUUUAAACUUAAAAUUUCACAUUAUUUUUCGAAUUCUCUGCCCAUAAUAGGGCUCUUCCAUUACAGGCCUUGGAUACUACGGGCGACGAACAGUUGUCUUUUGUGUGCUGGUAUAACUUUAUUUUUUUGAGAGCGUUAAAGUAAUGGGCUCCUCGGAUUUCUGGGUGUUAAGUCUUCACACGUUUCUGUUCUUUCACCUUUAAAAAGGGCAUGGGACUGAAAACGUCAACGCGUUCCUAUUCGUUAUUUUUUCUGAAAGAGGGUUAAGUCGCUUAGCUUAAGGCAAAUUUGCGCCAGCAAACUAGUUACAGAUAACAAAAAUAGUGGCACAACCAACCGAAACACAAAAGCCUGAAGGGGAAUGGAUUACAGCCGGAUGCAUGAACCUAAGCUUGAAAGCAUUUUCGGAAUGGAUGUCAGUUUGUCUAAAAGUACCACCAAUCGUUCCGUCUUGUUGUGCUCGCAAAAUGCCUUUGUUACUGAAACUGUAGCUUUAAGUGGGUAAGCGCUAGUCCUGAUAAAGAAACAAGACAGAGAAAAGCAAAAACAAAGGAUAGAUAAUGUCACACAACGCGUGUCCUCGACGUACGUUUCUAACGGUCCCGUAGAUCCUUUUCCACUUGCACCCUAACAACUAGCCUUUGGUAGUUAGGAAAUUGAACGCGUCAAGGUUAAGCAUACGACGUAUCAUUAUGUUUACUGUGUAGCUGAGUCGAUUUCGAGUCAACAAGUAAACGUUUGAAAAGAGAGAUCAUCCGGCAAAUUCCCGAUCACAUGCUAGGUGAGGGUGAUUUUCGAGCACAACUUACGACGAAAAUUGAAAUGGGAAAAAUUCGAAAUCAACUAUCAGACAGUUUGGUUUGUAAUUCCAUAAUUCAUUCACUGAUUGACCCAAUUAAGCCAUAUUUUAUAUUUAAAUAUGUGUAAUUAGCCAGUUACUAUCUGACUCCAUAAUGAGUUAAAACCAAAAUCUGCCUCUAUCUUUUCAUUCGUCCGAAAGAAAAAGGUAGGUGUAAUUGUUUCUGAAAAAUUCAGACAAAGCUCUAUUUAUUAUGUUUAGAAUCGUGUGGACAAUUUGAAAUUCGUCUAAGUACAGUGAAAUGCCAGGCGCGUUGCCUUAAUAUGUCCAGCUUGGGCAACUCUUUAUCAAAACUGAUUUAUGCCGUUCAGGAUGUCAGUGAAUUACUGUGUUAUUUAUGAACCUCAUCAGUCAUAACCCCUUUUUUGAAAGGUUGAGUGGAUUAAUUAUAUUCCGCUCGAGUAAGAGUUGUACAGGUUGGUACAAACAACAGUAAUAGAAAAAAAUAAUAUUCUGAUAUUAUAAUUUUAUAUUUAUUGAAUAUACAAGAUGAAUUUAGUUAGCUAUAAAUAUUGUUCAUGUUUUAUAUAACAAUUGUAGUUGCUUAACCAGCCAAAUGCUGUAAAAUUUUGUGAAUAGAGUUUUUUAGGUGAAGAAAAUGAGACGUGUUCCAAUUUAGAAGCAUAAAAACAAUGCGCCAGAUUUUAAAGUUAGAUAUCUCUUAGAUACAGAAUAGUCUUGGCUAAAUUUUGUGAUGUCGUGCAUGCGACGUAAUCUCUCGAGUUUUUUUCGUGUCGCAGUAUUCUGUUCUAAGAAGAUACAUUUGUUGUUUUUGAAGGUCCACUGAAUCUCAGAAUCGAGGUUAAGAGGAGAUCGAAAGUUUUCAUAUUGUAAGGUCCGUUCCAUAGGGUAAGGAGUUGCUACUAGUCCCAUUUCAGACAGUUGUCACAGCCCUAGCGUAGUAUUCACAAACCCUGAAAAAUAUUGGCUUAAAUGAAUUGUUUUCGUGUUC